AUGAUCAUAGUCAAUGACCUUCCCGUGAGUGAGCCCUACGACUUCGCCGUGAACGGUGAGGGCCACGUCUACGAGCGCGCGCGCAACGUGCCCUUUGACCGCGCCGGGUGCAGCGAUGGCAAGGCCCUUGGGCUUCCAGUGCUGCCAUCGAAGGCAGGGAAGAAGGCUCACACACACCAUGAUUGGUUUCCAGCCUCCCGGGGCGAUACCAGCUGCUUAGAAACGAUGAAGUGCAGUGACGUCAAAGACAAGCUGAUCUGCUUGAGCAGCAAGGAUUCAGAGCUGGGGUUGAUGAAGGACAGCCUUCACAAGGGCGGAGAUGCGUGCGUGUGGUGUGGAGGUGAGCCAUGCACAAGUGGCAGCGACGCCUUGUGUGAAGCAUUCGACUUUCUUCAUCGAGGGGAAGGCCACGCCUUUGACGACUUUUUGGCCGAAGGCAAUCACAAGGUUGCACAGUGCUGGCACACCCCAGACCACGAGCUGGAUACAGAAUGCUUGACCGAGAAGCCAGAGGGCUGCAACCGCCUGGAUGACCCCAAGCAAUGCUUGUCGAGCUUUGAUGGUCGACCCUACGAACGUGUGGCAGGCUUCAGAGUAAAAGGGCAGCCCUGCGUGUGGUGCGGUGGUGAGGCCUGCACGGCAAACAAUGACAACAAAUGCGAGCCCUUGGACUUCGUAUUGAAUGGUGGAGGCUAUGCUUUUCACCCACUGGGAGUGCCCAGCACGCGAAGCAUGGCAGGUUGUAAGUCCGGGCAUCCCCUGUCCUUGCCAUUGCCAGCCAAGACCAAUGUGAUCAACUUGAAGCAGGCUGCCGAGCAAGGAGGGCAGAGUGAUGAGAUGACAACAGCCGCCAGCGGGAUUCAUAUGGUUUCGAACUUUGGGAAGGACUGCUGGAGCGAAUGCGGCCAGAAAUCCGGCUUUUGCAACUAUUGCGGUGAGGGCAAUGCCUGCUGCAGACAUGAUGAAACUGAGGGGCCCAAGGAGUGCCAGGGGCCAAUCCACUUCUAUACCUGGCACCACGAAUGCAUCGCUCCCGUCAAGCAGACCGCAGGUUCUGCUGCAGCCGCUGCAGCCGCAGCCGCCGGUGCAGCUGGAGUCGCCGCGACCGUGGCGUCUCAGUCGCUGGUGAAUAUUGGCAAAGACUGCUGGUGGGAAUGUGGGCAGAAGAGUGGCAUGUGCCCCUUCUGCGGCAACGGCAACGCUUGCUGCCGCAAGGAUUAUGGGGAAGAUGCGCCCAGGGAGUGUAAGGGAAGUUUGACCUUCACCACCUGGCAUCAUGAGUGUGUGGUGCCCAUCCAUUCCACCAGCAGCCAGUUGUUUCAGAAGCUGGCAGCUGUUGGGGCAGAUGCAUCAAGCUUGGCAGCCAAGAAGGGAAUGAGCCCUGAGGAGCAGGUGAAGCAGGCAGCCCUGGCCAUCGGCCGCGCAGCCAAGGCCGAAGGUCUCUCCCCGCAGUCCGCGGCGCAGAUCGCGGCCGCGGGAGCGCAGGAGGCGGCGAAGAAGAACCAGCAGAGCCAGGAGAAGCAACAACAGCUAGCGGUGAUGGCUGCUGCGUUGGCUGCUACAGAGGCAACUAAAGAUGACAUGUCGCCCCAGGAAAGGGCUGCAGAGGUUGGCUUGGCCGUGGCGGAAUCGGCCUCGGCUGCAGGCAUGAGCCUGGAGGAACAGAUGGAGGCCGCUGCAAGUGCCAUUGGCACCUAUGCUUCCCAGGCCCCGCUGUCACCCCAAGAGGCUGCCAAAGUGGCCGCUGCCGGAGCACAGCGCGCUGCCCAUGCAGAUGGCAAGGCACCAGAGGAGGGCAGUGCCCUGGCCGCCACGGCUGCGGGGAUCGCAGCUGCCAAGGCCGGCAAGGGCAGCGGCGUUGGUGGGGUGCAGCUGGCCUCACUCAUCGCCACCUCAGCCCUGGCGGCCUCCGCUGGGUUGGCACCUGAAGAGAAGCUGAAGAGCGUCCAGGAGGCGCUGCGCCGCACGGCCGAGGAUACCGGGCUGGGAGCGGAAGCGCUGGAGAAGCUUGCCAAGCAGACGGUGCCAGCUGCAGCGGCUGGGAAUACAGCUGGAAGCGCAGCUACUUCCAGCUCUGAUCACUCCAAGGGAUCGCCCUACAAGCAGGCUGAGCAAGCAGGUCGUGCAGCUUUCGAUCAAGCUGCUGCCGAGCACCUUUCUUCCGAGGAGCAAAUUGCUGCAGCUCACAAGGCCAGCAAGGAUGCCGCAACGGCUGCAGGCAUGUCCCCUGAGGAAGCAGAAAAGAUAGCUGAUGCCGUGGCGAAUGCAGUGAGCGGCGGGGCCACUGAGGAGAUGGAUCCAGACUUGGUGGUGACCAUUGCGCCAUCGGCCACGGGUAAGGUGGUGGCUGGCAACAACAAUGGCUAUCCUCCGCUGGAGGAGACCCCGGCCCAGCGUGACGCCGCCGAAGCCGGUGCUGCCGCCGCACGCCUCAGCAAGGCGGACGGCCAAUCGGCGCAGCGGCAGCUGGAGGCGGCCGCGGUGGCGGCGGGGCGCGCCGCGACCAACGGCGGCAUGGACCCUGUGGGGGCCGAAGAAGCCUCCAGGAAGGCCGCCACGCUAGCUGGCAUCAAAGCGGGCCUUUCAGCUGCCGAGGCCGCCCGCCUGGGCACCGAAGCCGCCGAGAAGGCCGCGACCUCGGGCGCCUUCACGGCGCAGAACUGGAUGACAGACAAAGUGCCCACAACGACCACCGCCAGCACCACAACCACCACCGAAGAAGUUAUGAUUGGACCAAUCAAGGCACGCGGCAGUGCCAAAGAUGCCACCGCGGUGGCCAAAGACACGAAUGCGACCAGUGUGACAGACUUCCACGCUCAUGACCAUGAGCAUCAUGACCACACUCUGCUGUGGGUCUUGCUUGGGGUGGCCGUCGCAAUGGCCGUCGCAGCCUUCAUUUGUUGCACACAGUCGAUGAAAGGGAGCAAGCGUGUGGCCCGCAGCGGCGAUGUGGAAGUGCCGGAUGAUGAGGAGUCUUCGGAGGAGCUCUUGGAGAUGGCCCCACCGUCGCCGGUCACCUCCAUCCCCAAGAAGGGCCCGCGUGUGCCGCUGCCCAGCCGUUCCGAGCGCAGCCGUGCCCAACCCGAGGCCGUGCCGCUGCUCCCAGAGGCACCCGCGCCAGCCCCAGCGCCCCCAGCACCAGCCACCCAUAGCCGUCUGUCCUCCGCCGCCGUCAGCGUUUCCUCGAUGAGCGCCGCUCCAGUGGCGGUGCCGGCCAGGACCAACCUGGCACCAGCACUGACGCCGGUGCCAGCAUACACGUACCGCCCGCAGACCUACGUCACCAGCACCCCGGUGACUAUGCCGCCAGUCACGGUGGCUGCACCCAUUGUGACCAGCCCGGUGACAGUAACCACAGGACCGGUGAUGCCGGCUGCAUCUGUGGCAUCCCAACCUAUGGCUCGGGCGCAAGCCUUGUUCGAUGUGCUGGAUGCCAACCACGAUGGGGUGCUCGAUGCCAAUGAGUUCGCUCAGCUGCGUACCUUGGAUGGGCGCAGAGCCCAACCCCCGAUGCCACCCAUGGAGCCAGUGACGGUGGCACCAGUUCGGACGGCUGAGUUUGGUUCAGUGCAGACGUGUGCGGGCCUCGGGCAAGGAUGGAUCAAGAUUUCUUCAAUGAAUUGGACCAUCGUCACGGCCAACCUGGAACUGAUUUACUCGAGGGCCGAUUUUCUGCAGCUUUUUGCCAGCUGUUUUCCUAGGGCCCUUUGGCCCAAUGCCACCGUUGCCCUUGAAAACUACAUCAACCAGGAGCUGACUGAGAAAUUGCAGCGGGAUUUGCCAAGUCCUUUCAACAGUAUCCACUUCGCACGCUUCUCCUUGGGUCAGGGCGUUCCAUCCUUUGGGCCCAUCGAAGUACGGAGGCAUUCCGAUAGCCAAGUGCUGAUCGAAGUGGAGAUUCGCUACGCCAGCGCUGUGGAUGUCUUGUUGAAGGCAGGCUCCAGCCUUUCACUGGGCGUGAAACGCCUUGAUUUCUUCGGGCGGCUCUGUUUGGAGCUGAAACCGCUGCUGGACACCUGGCCCAUUGUAGGUGCAGUGAUUGUGUACUUCGCCGCGCAGCCCAAGCUGCAGCUGCAGUUCUGCGGCAUCGUGGACGCGCCACUGCCUGGUUUGGCGAAGCGAGUGCAGUCCGCUGUGGACUGGUUAUCUUCCACUUUGGUAUUGCCCAACUUCAAAUGUCUGGAGAUCACCAGCGAUGAGCGCCUGCUCAGUUUAGCGGCCUGCACACGGGAACCCAUUGGUGUCUUGAAGGUACACGCCUGUCGCGGCCUGAACCUGGCAGGCGCCAACUGGAAGAUGGGAGCAGUUCGGAACUUCACCUCCAACCCCUACUGCGUCCUUCGCUUGGGUGGCACUUCGAUCAAGACAAGCACUGUGAAGAACAGCACCAACCCCGACUGGCCCGACGAGGACGCAGCCUACUUCAUUGUGCACAACCGGGAGCAGGAACUGCAGGUGGACGUCAUGGACAACGACGAGGGAUUCCUCCAGCGGAACUUCGUGGGUCUGCUGGGCCGACUACGCCUGAGCAUCACUCAGCUGCUAGGCCCAAACCCUGGAGGCCCUGGAGGCCGCGGGCUGCAGCGCUACAAGUUGGAUACCAAGGAGGUGAAGUCGGGUUUGCUGCAUGUGGAUGAUCCUGUGAACACGGGCAUUCCCUCAGAACUGGACCUGAAGUUCAAGUGGCUGGACCUGGCGUCACCGGGACCCGCGGGAGCCGCGGCCGUUGAACGCGGGGAGCCGCAGGGUAUGGUGCUGCUGGAACUGCAUCAAGGCACUGGAUUUCCAGAGGAGGCGGUGAAAGCUUUGCGCUGGAAGUGUUGGAUCCUGGAGGAUCAAGCGGUUUACAGUUCCAAUGGCAAGCCUCCGGAGCAUCCGGAUUUCCAGACCUCCCUGCCUGACUGCCUCCACCACGUCAUCGAUCAGUUGACGGCGCGCGACGCGGAUCCCGCGGAGAUCGCGGACAUCGUAGAGGUAGAUGUGGACCAGGUAGCUCAGUACCUAGCCGCAAAGGCCCAGCACGAGCAGAGCGAAGCGAAACGGAAACAGGACUAUGGCGAAGUGCGAUGCGUGGAGCUCUCCUGGUAUGAGACCCUCGCCUUACUGGUGAACGAUCCGGCGGCUUCAAUUUCUUUGAGCCUGGUGAAUAGUCGAGGAGACGUCGUGGGUCAUUUGGCACCGAUAAAGGUGAAGGAUGUGAUGUCUGGUGCUGAGAAAAAUGCUCAUGAGACCAGUCGCAUGUUGACCAUCGAGUCUACCCAGCCGCGAGCUGCUGGCGUCAGCGGGGUCCUUUCUGCCUGGAUCUUCCCAGCGUGCGCGCCCAUUUCAAAGGAUCGAUUUCGAGCUGUUCAGAUGCAUGUCUCGGCGAGUUAUCGAGCCCUUGCAGGAGCCGCUGCUACCGCUGCUACGGGCACCUGA